AUGACCAAUUCCAGCCUAUGGAGAAGUGUACAUAAGUAUAAGAUAAAUAUGGCUUUUAAGGGCGAGGACUGCUUAGAUUCCCUUCCGUUACCUGUUCAGCGCAUGCACUUAAUUCAGGUGGACUCUGUUCAGCGAUGGAUGGACGAUUUGAAGUUGAUGACAGACUGUGAAUGUAUGUGUAUUCUCCAGUCCAAGCCAAUCAGUAUUGAGAAGGAUGAACAAAAUGAACUUAUCCUUUCCUCACAAUAUAGUACAUGUGAUAACUUGCAGCAGCUAUUAAAAAGAGCUUGGAUCAUAAGCACAGAGUUGACUAGGAUUGCUCUGAAGGUGGAGAAGAACAGAUGGCAGAGAGUCCACAGCAUGACAGUCAGAGUCAACUGCCAUGUGCGUUCAAUGAUAAAUGAAUACAAUACAUUCAGCCGGAAUUUUUCAGAAGAAAUGCACCAGUUUGAAAAACUUCUAAUAGACAAGUGUUCAGAAUUUACAGCAUUCACAGAAAGGUGCAUACAAACUGAAGAUGAACAGAUACUGAAGUCCAUGAAAUCUUGUAUUAAUGAAAUGCUCACUACGGUUGCUCAGUAUUUUGGCCAGUUGAUAGAGCUGGUUUUAACACAUGAGGCACAGAACCUGCUGAGACAAAUAGAGUUGUCGGAUAGUAUGUACAGCACUGAGUUGGCGAUUAGUAGUUUAUUCAGCCUUACCCAGGAAGGUGCUCAUCUGUGCCGUAUCAUAGCUAAGGAAGGAGGCGUAGUUGCUCUUUUUAAGAUUUGUCGCCAAGAUUGUUUCAGGUGCCUUUAUCCCCAGACACUGAGAACAUUGGCAUCCAUUUGCUGUGUAGAGGAAGGGAUGCACCAGCUGGAAAAGGUUGAUGGGAUACUGUGCCUGGCUGACAUUCUUACUGAUAACACCCAUUCUGAAGCUACUCAUGCAGAAGCAGCGGCAGUAAUUGCACAGAUCACAUCUCCACAUCUCACAUUCACUCAGCAUCUCAGCAGCUUUCUGGAAAAUAUGGAAGAAAUUGUAACAGCACUUGUCAAACUGUGUCAAGAAGCCUCAUCUGGUGAAGUUUUCCUGCUGGCUUCAGCAGCUCUUGCCAAUAUUACUUUCUUUGAUACCAUGGCUUGUGAAAUAUUGCUCCAGUUAAAUGCAAUGAAGAUUCUUCUAGCAGCGUGUUCAGACAAACGCAUAGUGGAUACUCCAUAUUCCCGAGAUCAGGUGGUAACAAUAUUGGCAAACAUGUCUGUCUUGGACCAGUGUGCUUCAGAAAUCAUUCAAGGAAAUGGUGUUCAACUUCUAAUGGAAAUGCUCUUUGAAAGAUCGUCUUCAGGAAAUUCAGCAGAAGUUGCUGCUUGUGAGCGAGUCCAACAGAAAUCUGCAGUUACGCUGGCGCGACUUAGCCGAGAUCCUGAAGUGGCAGAUGCAGCCGUAAAACUCAGCUGUAUUCCUCGCCUAAUUAAACUUUGCAGAUCACCAACUGAAAGAAAUAACAGUGAUUCAGUUUUAGUGGCAUGUCUGGCAGCCUUACGGAGACUAGCAGUUAUGAGUCCUGAUGGACUUGAAGAUUCAGACUUCCAGCAGCUAGUAAAGCCCAGACUCGUGGAUUCCUUUCUGCUAUGCACAAAUAUGGAAGAGAGCUUUGUAUAAAUGUGAGCCAGAAAUCUUUGAAAAAUAAUCAAGAUGAUAGGCAUACAAAAAGAUAACACAUAUACAAGUCUAUUUCAUUUUAGUCCUAUUGUUAUUUAUGACUUAUUUAUUUUAAAUCCAUGAACAUGUGGUUUGUAGGAGCAAAGAAGAAGAA